AGGUUAGGCCGUUAGUGAAACAUGUUAGUACAAUAUUUAGAAUAACAUGACUGAAAGGAAAAUGUGCAAGUUUUACAAUUUAAAUGUGCCUGAACGACGAUCGGGGGAGGGUGGUGCGGGGGGCGCAACGCAAAACCAUGGCGGAGGCGGCGAUGAAGACGAGAGGAACACAGAGGAAGCGGUUCCUCCUCCCGUACCUCCGAACGAGCACAAACUGGAGUAUAGCUACUGGAUGUGGUUCUCACGGCGACCGCCUGCCCGUGACCUCUCCGCCUCCACCACUGGUUAUGGACAGGCACUUCGCUUGGUGGGUCGCGUGGCCAGCGUGGAGCAGUGGUGGGGACUGUACACUCACCUGGCGCGGCCCGCGGAGCUUCCACCACUCUCCGACCUGCACCUCUUCAAGAUCGGCAUCAAGCCCAUGUGGGAGGACCCGGCUAAUGUCAAUGGCGGGAAGUGGGUGGUCAGGCUACGUAAGUCGCAGACGGGGCGAGCUUGGGAGGACCUGUGCAUGGCGAUGCUCGGUGAACAGUUCAUGGUUGGUGCGGAGUUGUGCGGUGUCGUACUCUCCGUGCGUUUUCAGGAAGACCACCUAGCGGUGUGGCACCGGACAGCGUCGGACACGGUGGCCGCGUCACGCGUCCGCGAUGCGCUGCGGCGGAUCCUGCAGCUGCCGCCGUCCAUGCCCAUCGAGUAUAAGGCGCACGGCGAUUGCCUGCGGGCCAGCGCCGGCCGCCAGCCGCCGCCCGAGGAGCACAACGACACGGCGCCUACGGCGGCUCCGGCCGGGCGGUCCGCGUCGCCUGCGCAGCACAACCACACGGCGCGCUCGUAGCGCCACGCCCCACAGCCAAGCCACGUACGAGCUCACUCACUUGCACACGACGCCCAAUCAGGUCCCCCGCGGCCGAGGCUCCUCGACGUUCGUCUCUUCGUUCGCCCCCGGGCUUCGCGUGACGCGGCGACGGGCCUCGCGGCCGUACUCCGAUGCAUUCACGGGUUAAAUUCCCCCGUUUUGUAACAGCGAUUUUUACAUUGUUUAUUGCAUGAUCUUCCUCGAAGUGUUUGCGAUUGUAUAAAGUGUAACUAAUUUUACGGUACCUAGUGUGUAAGAUUUUUUCUUUCGAUCGAUUCGUAUUUUUUUUUCAACUAGUCGACUCCUGUGACGUAUUUAGAAUUUCGAUGCAGUAUUGUGCAAGUAAUAAUGUACCUAUUUAGACUGUGAAUUUGAGUGAGAUGUUUUUGUACCGUGUUGUCGACCUCAAAUCGUUCUCACGACGCCCCCGCGUGAUGUACAUAUACC